AUGCGUUUCACAAACCUCACUGGACUUCUUGUUGCUCUUUACACUGCUGGUUCUCUGGCAGUCGCAAUUCCGCGCAGUGAGAGUAGCGACGCAGAUGCGGCCUAUGUCGAAGUAGUCCGACGUGGCGAUGCCACUGACGCUGAUGCCGCAUAUGUCGAGGUAGUCCGUCGCGCCGAUGCUAGUGAUGCAGACGCUGCCUAUGUUGAGGUCGUCCGUCGUGCAGACGCGAGCGACGCAGAUGCUGCCUACGUUGAGGUAGUGCGCCGCGGAGAUGCCAGCGACGCGGACGCGGCCUAUGUCGAAGUGGUCCGUCGCGGAAAAGCCAGCGAUGCCGAUGCGGCUUACGUUGAAGUUGUCUAA